GACUGGCUUGCCUGCCGAACUGCAGCAAGAUGGUGACAGAACUGCUGGGCGUUUGUCUGGCCGUAGUCUUAGUCUUCGUGCUUCUACAGGUCACAACAAGGCGUAGGAGACCUGGUGAGCCGCCAUUGGAGCCAGGCCCUCUUCCGUACCUGGGGGUCGCCCUGGAGUUUUCCAGAAACCCCCUGGGUUUCAUUACUUCCCGCUGGAAGAAAUAUGGAGACGUGUUCACCGUGCGACUGGCCGGCCACUACACCACCUUCGUCCUGGACCCGCACUCAUUCACUCACGCCAUCCGGAACAGCAAGGUUCUGGACUUCCGCGUGUUUUCGUCCAAGAUAGCCCAUCGCGCUUUCGGCAUGCCGAUAGUCUACGGUACCCACCGCGAUUGGGUCCGAGCCGACAGUGAUGCGCUGUAUCCAAAGGAGUUACAGGGGCAGGGACUGGAAAAGGUCACAGAGGUGAUGAUGACCAAUCUUCAGUCCGCCAUGUUAGCCGCUACAGAUGUCAAGGCAGAGUGGAACAAAGGAGAGCUGUGGUCCUUUGUCUACAGAAUCAUGUUUAGCGCAUCUUACAAGACUCUGUUUGGGAGACACAAAGAAGAUGAAGAAGAGACAGCACGGCUGCUCCACGCCAUGGAGGAGUUCCAGAAGUACGACAAGAGGUUCCCAGAGAUCAUCUCCAACGUACCGUGGUGCCUCAUGGGACAAACCAAGAAGCGAUACGAAUAUCUGAAGUCCAUGGUGUCCCCGACUGAGCUCUCUCAACGCGGCGUCUCUGAUUUCAUCCGAAUGAGACAGGAGAUCUACGCCGACGGAAAUCUGUCUCCUGACGAAAUGACGGGGUUCAACUUUGCAACUAUGUGGGCUUCUUUGAGUAACACCGUCCCUGCCGCCUUCUGGACUUUGUUCUACCUCCUGAAGGAUCCUGUCGCCAUGGAUGCCGUCAGGGCAGAAGUGGACCAGAUUUUGAAGGAGACCGGACAGAGUUUGGAAACAGUGAAGGAAGCCGGUAAGAUGAUCCACGUGACGAGAGAGCAGCUGAACGACAUGAAAUGCCUCGGCAGCGCCAUCAACGAGGCAUUGCGCAUGUGCAGUGCUUCUAUCAUCAUCCGUGUUGCCACCGAAGAUGCAGAACUGGCCUUGGAAUCCGGCAGUACCUUUCGUGUCCGCAAGGGCGACAGGGUGGCGCUGUAUCCAGGGUUUCUGCACAUGGACCCAGAGGUCUUCGACGACCCUGAGACCUUCAAGUAUGACCGCUUCCUAGAGAACGGAAUGGAGAAGACCACCUUCUACAAGAAUGGCCGGAAGCUGCGCCACUACCUCCUGCCCUUCGGCCAUGGCGUCAGCAUGUGCCCCGGCCGUUUCUUUGCCCUGAACGAGAUCAAGCAGUUCGUCACCAUAGUAGUCUGUUACUUCAACAUGGAGCUCAUGGAGAAACAGACUCCCCCAAAGGACCAGUCACGUGCUGGACUGGGGACUUUGGCUCCGCUGAAGGAGUGUCUGUUCCGCUACAGUCUCAAAUAGGUCUCCCACUCUCUCAAUGUGUAUUCAAUAUUAAUGGCCGACCAAAAAAAAUUCAAAUGAAAGCGUAUCACUUUAUCACUUUUCCACAUAUUCCUCACUGUCUCUUUCUCCCUCUGUACCUGUCUCUCUCCCCGGCUCCAUCUCUCCCCGGCUCCAUCUCUCUCUCUCU